AUGGCACCGCCUCACCUCCAAGACAAAGGGCUCAUUGCCGAGUCUGACGGGGUGUUGAAAACUGCUUAUGAGGAUCUCCGAACCACCAAUGAGCAGCUUGAAGAUCUUGAGCGCGAGAUCUGCCGCCUAAUUGUCGCCAAGAUAACGUGGUUUCCUGAUCAAUCUAGAUCGCUGCAUCGCCCCCCGCAGUACAUUUCUGAAGCUUUCCAAGACCAAAACCUCAUGACAGCACAAUGGUUGGAAUGGGCAGCCUGUAAUGAUCUUCUCGAAUCGGCAGCGAAUCUGGACCGCGAACUAGAAAAGGCGAACGCCUCGAAGACGAUAUUCGAGGGUCUCCAAAACGCCCUUCGACGCCGCAUUGACAAGUUGUCACGUCCGACUCUGAGAAGCCUCAACAUCCUGGACUUGCCAAACGAGAUGCUCCUUAGGAUCUUUGAGCUGGUGGAAGAAUUUGUCCCUCACCUCGCAUACAGCGCCUACUACUACGGCGGCGCUGGCAGAAAGGCCAUUGCCAACACCCGCCUGGUCUGUCGACAGUUUUGUAAUGUGAGCUCACAGCUGCUCGUCCGUAUGGUGCGCGUCAACUUCAACGAGCCAUCGCUUGCACGCUUAGACGAAAUUUCUCGCCAUCCCACCAUCGCCAAGGGUGUACGCGCAGUUCGAGUCGUCCUUCAUUUUCACAACUCUUCCUUCAAUGACCUGGACACAUUCAUUUCAUAUCAAACCGACCGACUUGCGAAAGCAGUUGACGUGUUCGAAGACUCGUGGAAGUGGGGGCACUCUGCCAUCCCCGAGCAGACAGCAUCAGAGAUGAUUACAAACGGAAGGGUGGUUGUGUCUACACUGCGUCGGAUGGUGUCGGCAGAUACUGAUAGCGACGGCGGAUAUCUCGAGGACGACCGAAGUCGUCGAGCACACCUAGAGGGGAUCCAUCGAGAGUAUCUGACCCUCCUUGAGAAACAGGCAUCACGAAAAAAGACUGGAGAGUUCUGCCGACUUGUUGGCUCCGCAAUUGCAAGGAUGCCCAGCGCGCGGAGACUGGAAUUUACAGAUACUGAUUUUGAAUCCUUAGAGGGGCCGCGACUGAUACCCGGGACCGAUGUCUGGAGUGCACUAUAUCCUGUCAUGCUCCAGCCGAUGACCGGUUAUCAUACGAGAGCAUACGGAUUCGAGUUGCCUGACUACGAAUGCAUUAUAAAUGUCAUAGAGGCUGUCCGAAACGCCGGCACAUUACUCAGCAGCCUCGAUAUUCAACUUUCGACUUUGGCUUGUCCUACGGGCUUGGUUCCGGCCCCGGAUAUUCGACGAGAGUUCUCGUCCGGGAUGCAGCAGUUGGAGGCGUUUUCAUUCAAGUAUAGUGGCAACGCUGACGACCAAGACGUGAGCGACCUCCACGAAUUUCUGUCUACAUGCUUGGACACGGCUAGUCUACAGCGCCUCACCUUGGAUAUGAGAGGCUCCGAGGCCGAAUCGCCGACAAUAGAUCUGGGGCAAAUCAUGGGGUCAAUGUCCCGGCAUAAACUGACCCACAUCUUUCUGCGCUACGUAGCUGUGGAUGUUUCCAAGUUGAAGCUCCUUCUUGAACGACUGCCUCCAUCAAUGAAUUGCAUUCUCCAGAUGAACCUCUGUCUGCUAAGCGGUACGUGGAAAGUUGCUCUGGAUGUGCUUCGGAGGAAGGCUCGUGUUAUUACGUUCUUAACCGAUCCGCGGGGUGCCGAAUGUGACAGCAUGUCACAAGAAGAUUACGAGAGGAUAUUCGGCCACGAGGACUACGCACGUUCCAGCGAGGCUGAGAUGUACGUAAAUCACUACCUCAUGCCCAAUCCCCCCAAUCCCAUACAAGUCCUUGAAGACGAGCUUUUCACUGCGCAUUGA